AUGGGGGACGAUAGGGUAUCUAGACUUGUGCACUUGUCUGUGAGAAGCUUUUGGCGGAGUGGUCGGACGGUUAAUGGUGGGAGAGCUCUUCCGAAGACUCACCACACCACCUGCAACCCCAUCCUCCCAGCCACCGUCCGCACCUUCGCCUCUACUCCCUCCACACGACAAGAGCAGGUUGAUCCCAAGAUCACCAAGAUUGUGGAUCAAAUUGCAGCCUUGACCUUGUUGGAAACGGCUGGGCUUGUUUCAUCGCUGAAGGCGCGCCUGAACAUCCAAGAUAUUGCCAUGCCGGUUGCAGUCCCCGCGGCAGCUGGAAAUGCGGCAGCCGCAGCUGCACCAGUUGCCGAGGAGAAGCCUGCUGAGAAGACCGAGUUCAAAGUCAAGCUAGAGAAGUUCGACGCUGCUUCCAAAGCAAAGAUUAUUAAGGAGAUCAAGGGGAUGAUUCCCGGCGCCAAUUUGGUUGAGGCCAAGAAAUUUGUCGAGAGUGUGCCAAAGGUGAUUCGAGAAAACGUGAACAAGGAAGAUGCUGAAAAGAUGAAGAAAACACUGGAAGCACUAGGGGCCACUGUCAUUUUGGAAUAG